AUGGGCAGCCCCGCAGGCGGCCACCUUCGGAGCCAGCAGAUCCUUAUCUCGCUCAGCGUGCCUCCCCAGAGGGGAGAAGGGAAGCGAUGCACCCCGGUCCAUGCCGAUAAGGAGCAGCCACCCAACGGGAUCAGUGGGGCAAGCCUGGAAGGAGCCACCUCGGGGGUGACGGGGAAGCCGCAGAUAAAGGAGGUGGUGGUGGUGGUGAUCACGCCCAAGGUGAACUGGCAUUGCCCGGUCCCCCAGCAGCUCCCCCGCGGGGGACCGCCGGCUCCCAUCGUCGUAAGGAAGGGAGAUGCCUGCAAGGUGAAGGAUGCAGCCAAGGAUCUCGUCCCCCCUUCUCCGUCUGCCUCCCCCCAAGAGGGGCUGAAGGACGGCGAGGUUUCUCCUUCCUCCCCACCCAUGCCGGUGAUCAACAACGUCUUCAGCCUGGCACCUUACCGAGACUACCUGGAGGGGACCGAGGGCUCAGCCCAGGUCCCCUUCUGCAGGGAACAUCUGCGGGGGGACACCCCACCCCGAAACACGGGGGGCAGCCGGGAGCCCGGAGCCCUCAGGGAUGUCUCGGUGACAUCCAGCCUGCUGCCCGCGGGGCCGGCGGCCGGCCGGGCGCUGAAGAUGGGCAGCAGCACAGCCCAGAGCCAAGAGGAAAACUGCUACGGAAAGGUCCCCAAAAAGCCAAAGCCUCUGCCCCGAGACUCGGGGUCUCGGGAGGGCAGCCCUGGCGGGGUGGGGAGCGGGGACACGGCCCCCGAGGACAUCGUGCUGGACCUCAGCUUGAAGAAGAGACUGGUGAAAGCCGGGGAGACCCGGGGACCCGUUGGCCGUGCAGAGGGGACGCCGGACAGGGAGGAGCCGGAGGAGGAGAAAGAGGGUCCGGGGGGGACGCAGCAGCAGCAGCCCCCGCUGCCCGAAGCCCCCCGCCUGCUGGGAGAGGAGAGCAUCUCGCUGCCCGGGCACUGCGAGGGCUCUGCCCCGCAGACCUCCGCCGGUCAGUAUUUCAGCGCCCUGCACGCUUUGCUCUGCGACGUUAUUUCGUGCUCGGUGUCCAGGUCUUCCCCGGAGCUCCUGCGGGAGUGGUUGAAGAAGGCGGAGGUGGCGGAGGAGCUGGGAGAGAUGCCCAAAUCUCCCCUCAAACCCAAGAACGGGUCCAGGAUCCCCGAACCUCAGAAGCCCACCAAAGGCAAAGAGAUCUGGCUGGCUUUCCAAGAUGUGGCCACUCUCCUCACCAACCUGCUGUCUCAGUUGGAGACCUUCAUGUUUGCUCGCAAGUGUCCUUUCCCCCACGUCGUCCGGGCAGGGGCCGUCUUCAUCCCCAUCCACGUGGUGAAGGAGAAGCUCUUCCCCAAGCUCUCCGGGGCCUCCGUUGACCAAGUGCUGCAGGAGCACAAGGUGGAGCUGCGCCCCACCACGCUUUCGGAGGAAAGGCACUUGAGGGACCUGGAGCUGAAGAGCUGCACCUCACGCAUGCUGAAGCUUCUGGCCCUCAAAAAAAUCUUCCCGGCCCUGCUGACCCUCCAUUGGCACGACUCCAUCAGGCAGCAGCUCGGUAGCCCUGGCGUGGAAGCACCGAAAGCUGACGGCAAAGAGAUAGCCAUGGAUAGCGCCAAGGAGAAGGAGGCACGAAGGAACGUGCCAAGGGCAACAGCCGAGGACGAGAAGGGGAAGGUCCUGCUCGUCCCCAGAGCGGGGUCCCCUCCGGAGUGA